AUGGUACUCGUUCUCGCUCUACGAGGCAGCACUGGCUACAAGCUGGCUUUUCAUGCCCGAGGCAGACAAACGAGACAUCGACCUCUGCGAAAUAGCGGUGGGGACACCGAAGCCGAAAAUGAUGUUGCAGUUCCGACCAGAUUGCAGCUGCUGAAGUUUGCUGCCCCUUUGGCAGCAGUGAGCGUGACAGGCCCCAUCCUGUCGACUAUUGAUACAUCAUUUGUUGGACGAUGUGCCGGUACAGUGGAGUUGGCAGCCCUUGGACCUGCUUGUACAGUUACUGACCUCAUCUACCUGAUUUGUAGCACGGUGUCAACUGCGGCCAUCAAUUUGUAUGCAAAAAAUGCGGAGGAGCACAAAUUGAAGAGAUUCAACGCGACGUGCCUUUCUGUGGGUUUCUUUGUGGGAGUCGCUGCUGCCCUGGUAUCUCUCACGUUAGGUGGGCAGUUGCUUCAAGCUCUCGGAGCCAUGCCGGUGAUGAUGGGGGUGGCACGGAAGUAUGUAGUAGUGCGAGCCCUUGGACUUCCAUUUGCGAGCAUGGCCUGUGCCAUGUAUGGGCUUUGUGUUGGACGUGGAGAUACACAAACACCAUUGGCCGUGCAAGUUUACUUGUCAGCUCUCUUAAAUGUUUGCUUCGACUGGCUGCUGUGUGCAGUCAUUCCAUGGGGUGCGUCAGGUGCUGCCUGGGCAACAGUCGCCGCGCAGACAACCAGCUUCUGUGCGUAUUUCCUGUUGAUGCGCCGGAAGGGGCACCUUCCAUUGCCAAGUUCCGAAGACUUCCUGCCAUCCUUCUCGGAAGCGAAGCCAGUAUUUUCAAUAUUCCUUCCGGUCUCCUUCAUUGUUGUGUGUGUCCUAUCUAUGUACGCAUGCAUGUCAGGCUUUGUGAACAACACACAGCCAUUGCCGAUGAUAGCUGCAUAUAAGAUUUGGAUAACGGUCUUUGCGUUCUUCGCUUUGUGCGCAGACCCGAUGGCAGCUGCGACCUCCACCAAGCUUCCUCCAUUCAUUCUCGAAGGAUCCAGCCCAAAGGCACGGCUGUUCGUCCGACGAGCUAUUACCUGUGCUGCUGGAGUUGGCGCGAUUGGGGGUCUGCUUGGUGCAUCAGUGCUUAACUUUUUGCCGUGGAUCUUUACCCAGGAUGCGACAGUCAUGGUUGGCCGCCGCUGCUUCGAACUCGGAGUUGCCCACUUCUUGACGCGGGGCAGUUGCUUGAUUUGCGAGGUUGCGAAGUGUCAGACGCCGCUGCGCGAGCUGGAUCUGAGUGACAACAAUUUCGGAGCCAAGGGGGCCGCCAAGGUGCUACAAUCGGGCAAAGAGCAUCUAGAAAUGCUCGACUUAAGUCGGAACAGGUUAGGUGAUGCCGGUGCCAAAGCACUUGCAGAAGUCCUUCUGAACUGCCACAGUAUCUCAGUGCUGCGGCUGAGGGCAAACGGUAUCGGAGACGAAGGUGGUGAAGCGCUGGCAGAAUCCUUGAUGUCAGUGACGUCUUUGCGAGAGUUCGACUUCUCACAAAACGAGAUCCACCUGCCAACGUCUUCGGUGAUGCUGCGUGCUGUGUGUGCUUCUCGCGGGCUUCAGAGGCUCUACUUGGACAGCAGCUUGCCAUGGCCAACAAGCGAUAGCUUCGAGGCCCAGGUUGCCGGCUUCACCGAUCAGCUGAGUGGCGCGCAGGCGGUGCCGUCAUUACAGCUCUUGAGCCUCAGGCGCUGCGGGCUGUCCACCUCGGCCUGCAAGCUCUUUCAGUCUCUGGCUUCCAACUCGACUCUCCGGCAGCUCAACGUCUCUUGCAACGGCUUACGGCAGAGCGUGGCUCCUGCGAUUGCAGCAGCGUUAACAUCCGCCAGUACAGGCCUGGAGGAGCUUGACCUGAGGGACAACCGGCUUGGAGCACAAGAUGCGCUGGCUGUGGCUCUGGAGCAGGUUUAUGCAGCCGCAGCUCAGGCCGGUGCCAUGCGUCGGACAGCUAGCAUUGAUUCGGAGGCAGAACCUCCAAAUCGCGGGUGGAACAACUGCUUGCGGCAAUUGAACUUGGCAAACAAUGAGAUCACUGCUACGGCAGUCUCGAGGAUUGCCCCCGUGCUGCCCUUCUUCAAUGCCCUCGAGGAGCUCCUGCUUUACCACAACCCGAUGCUCGGGGAUGCUGGAGCCCAGGCACUUGCCGAAGCACUCAAUCCAGACAGCUGGCCGCUUGCCGGGAGGGGCCUCAAGACGCUCAGCUUGGCUGCUUGCAGCAUCGGAGACGCUGGAUGCCAAGCUUUGAUGGCCGCGGCUCGUGACUACCAGGUAUUGACAUCUCUUGAUUUGUCCUGCAACUCCAUUACGGAUGACUCUGCUCCUGCAGUGUCUUUGGUGCUUGCUCAGCCUACGUCUGCUUUGGAGUCCUUGUCUCUCUCCAUGAACUUGCUCAGCUCGUUUGGCAUCUCGCAGCUCAUGGACGGCGUUGCCAGCAACAUUGAGGGUGCCUUGUGCCAGAUCGAUGUGUCAACACAGGACGGUGGCCAAGGGAAGACCAGCUUCGUGGCCAACGAUGCAUUGAGUCCUCGAAGCAGCAGCAAGGUAAAAUCCAAGUUCCAAGGCCUACGCUGA